GCUGAGAGGCGAAGAUGGGGUGAUUGACGGUAUCUAUCUGUCGUCUUGGAAUUGAAGGCCGAGUCUGUUUGAGAUCGAGGACAACGUUAGCCAUUCGAGAACCCAGAUAGCUUCUCGCGCAAUGCGAUGCGACACGGCUCGGCCUGCGCUAGCCCGACGCAUCACCCUACAGCAUCCCACCCCGAGGAAAUGGGGGUCGUCGUCGCAUAGCUCCAUACCGUCCCCUAUCCGCAAGAGAUUUCUGCAGCGUUGGCCCUCUCCUCGCACCCCAGCGCGGCCGAGGCGAUUGAUUGGGACAAACAAAUACGCACACCUAGCAGGCGCAAAGGCUUGGACGGCGCGGGGGGGUAAGGAGACAUCGAGCGAGAGAACUUUUGCGUGUCGAGGCCAGAGCGGGUGGCGAUGCGAACGCAUCACAUCACCCCUCGCCCCAGGCGCAGAAAUACUUGAGAAAUGGGGGCAGGCGAUGAAGGGAAGAUGUACGUAUGCCGUAGACGUCGUGUGGUGGGGCCGUACGGAUUUCCGCGACCCCUACAGGCCUAGAGACGGAAUGCGGGCACACACGACGACGACGACGACGACGACAAGUAUCGCGAUCUCUAUGCGGGAGACGGACUGGGAGCGAGGAGGUUGGGCUUACCUAGGGGACCUUACGGGUUCUGUCGACGAGGAAGACUGCGAAGAGGCUUGGUCAAUCUCGAAUGGUCGCUGCAAGGUGGGAUUGAGGCCCAGGUCAGCGUACGCGAUAGGGACGAGGGUGUUGGUUCGGGGGUUGUCAGAGACGCCGAAGACAAGAGGCGAACUGGUCGAUGUAGGAAAAGACCAGGUCAGGCGGAGCCCACGGGCGAUAUCGAGAAGGGGAGUCGGGGAGGAAGAAAAUAUGAGGUUGGCUGGGUAGAGAAGAGUAAAAAUUAUUUGGGAUGUUGGCUGAUAGGAAUUUUGAAUUUCAUGGAAGGAGAGACCCGACCCGUGCAAAAUUGGAAAGCGUGACAAAAAGCGGUAUGGCGGGGAAUUGCCCAGCUAGAUACCUCAGGUACAUAGGCGCUUUGCAUUCCAUCUAUGGGAGGCGAAGUAUUGUACUUAACCCCCCCUUUCCUCUGGUGGGAGGAAGGGGCAAAGUUCCCCAAGGAGGUGCCGGAGGUAUAAAUGAGAGGUACCUACAGGUAGGUAUAUACCGCAGUACUUAGGUAGGUAGGCAUAGGCAUGUACCACAGGUGCGCGUACGCCUGC